UUGAGUAAAAUGGUUUAUGUUUCAUGUCAUAAUUAUCCUUUGCACACGAUUUAUGCUCUAUGCAACUUAGCAAAACAGAUGCUGGAAAGUUACUGUGAAUGCUCAACUUUAACACCACCACACCAACAGCACCAUAUAGAAUAAAUCCUCUCCAGGAAGUAGACAGGACAUAGACAUUGUAGGGGGAAAAAUAAGGAAGAAGUAUAAGAACUUAUUUAUAGCAUAUGCUUCCCCUUGAUCUUGGUAAGGUUAAUUUUUUUUCUGUUCUUAACUUCGUCCUCAGAGGAUAAACCCUUCACAGAACUGAAUCACUGCAGCUGAACACGCAUGAUGAACUAAUAACCUCUGUAAUAAUUUCUGAAGCCUUAUUAUUUAUUUUUUUUUUUCAAUGGGAGUUGGUAACUGAAAGAAUCCUGCCAAUUGUAUUGAAGGGAUUUGAACAAAAGGAGAAAUUGCUUCACAGCCUUAUGACACAGCAUCUACAGCAAGUGAUGAUGUGGCACAAAGCAGUUUUUUAAAUUUUACUAGCAAAUCAGAAAAGGGGCCACAAGGCUGUUAUUUUGUGUUGCCUUCCCACAAGGCUCCUUACCACAAAAUAUGGCUUAGACAGACCUUUUGUUCCUCCAGCUGGGGUAGGCUAUGUCUUAGAUGAUUUCACCAACACAAGAACUUGCUGCCCUCUACAACUUGAACUUCUCAGACUUCCAAAGAGUCACAACAUACCAAUUUAAAUAUGGGGAUUCUGAGCCACGUAUUGAUCCUCCACCUCCUCAGGGCUGCUUUGGUCUUUUGUCAGUAUGAAGACUAUGAUUUUGAGGAUGAAUAUGGUGGGGAGCCAGAUCAUCAACUUCCAUAUUAUUUUAACCCAAAUGCCCGAGCUGAAGUUCCUCAUUUUCCUUUUCCAGUAGAGUGUGCCAAAGAAUGCUUCUGUCCACCAGCGUUUCCCUUAUCUAUGUACUGCGAUCACCGGAAACUCAAGACAAUACCAAACAUUCCCAGUCAUGUCCAACAACUUUAUCUGCAAAACAACAACAUUGAAGCUGUGCCUACAGGACCAUUCACUAAUGUUACCUUCAUAAGGGAAAUUAACCUCAGCUACAACAAUAUAAAAUUCCAUAUGAUUGACCAUGGUGUUUUUGCCAAACUUUCACACAUAGUGCAACUUCAUUUACAACAUAAUGAAUUAGAAGAAUUUCCAUUCCCUCUGCCCAGCUCUCUAGAGAGACUCCUCCUUGGUUUCAAUAAAAUUUCCCGGUUACCUGGAAAUGCAUUGGAAGGCUUGCCCAACAUGACCACGCUUGACCUUUGCAGUAACUUACUUGAUGACUCAGCAUUCAAAGACAAACCCUUCUCAAAUAUGAAAAAUUUAAUGCAGCUCAACUUAUGCAACAACAAAUUACAGACAAUGCCUCCUGACCUGCCACCAUCAAUUCGGCAUCUUUCUCUUGAAAAUAACUCAAUUUCUCAUAUUCCAGAAAACUAUUUCCACAGACUUCCCCACAUCAUUGCUCUAAGAAUGUCUCACAAUAACCUGCAGAACAUUCCACACAACACCUUUAAUCUACCCAACCUUCUAGAACUUAAUCUUGGACAUAACAAAUUGAAACAAGUGUUCUAUAUUCCAAGAAGUUUGCAGCAUUUGUACAUUGAAGACAAUGAAAUUGAAAACAUCAAUGUUACUGUGAUGUGUCCAACUCUGGACCCACUGAACAUCAAGCAGUUAACCUACAUACGAGUGGACCAGAACAAGCUCACAAGCCCCAUCAGCACCUAUGCUUUCUUCUGCUUCCCUCUCAUCAGAACCAUUUAUUAUGGAGAGCAAAAUGUCACUGUCAGCAGGCCAAGUCAGCUCAGAACACCGGUGUUCCGGCGGUUUCUAACACCAGAGGAAUUCCAGGAAGCAGAAGACAAUCAUGAAACACUCAAUCAAGAAACUGAAGAAGAUCAUGAAGCAGAAGACAGCUAUUUUCGUCCUUACUAUCACUGAAGUAAUUAUUGUUAAUAAGUAUAUAUGGAAACUUCUCAUUAGUCUGGGUUAUUCAUAUCUAUUCUAGAACAGCUGGGCAGUUUGGGAUAUUGAAGAUACAUCUAUAAAAUGUAGAUAUGAGAUUUAAGUAGGUAAAUGUCCUAUUAUUGAUGUAGUAAAAAACAGCACAAGGAACAAAGAGAACUCUCCUGAGCAUUAGAUAAAGGUCUGACACAUUACCUGGGUUGAUGAUGGGCUCACCUUUUGGUGAGCAACCGAAGUGAAAGAAAAUUGACUUUGAAAGCUUCUCUGUUCUAAAGUGAUCCAAUUGCAAAAUGACUAAAACACAAAUCAGUGUCAUAAUUCAAUAGGAACAAGUGAUUAAGGCCAAAAAUCCAUCCAGCUCUGUAUGCUACUGCUGACAGCAAUAGCAAAGAGAUGCUCUAGAGAAAAGGACAACAGAUUGAAAUUACAAUAUAAUUCUACAAGGUUCCUCCACAUUUCCCAAAAUUACAGAUAUUUCUUCUUCCAGUUUCUAACUGGAUGAGGACAUCACAAAUAUGGAACUUCAAAACUUCCCCAUAUUAUGUUCCACGUGUCCUGCCAAGCUGUAUUAUAAUACUCACUUCUUUGGCUGUCCUUUAAUUAUCACAAUCUUUUAAAGGAGAUUUCAGCUUAUUACUAACACAGGCAAUAAACAAUCUUUCACCAAGCUGCUGGGAUCUAGGGAAAAGCAUGUGCACUAACACAACUGAACCAUUAGCAUUUAUAUUUCCCCUGUGCUUCAGCCCAUGUUAUUUUAGAAGACACAUAGAAAUGUAAUGUAAUCUUUGCAUUUAGAAUUAUUCAUCAAGUAGGACAGAUACAAUGAAAAACAUUUGCAGUUUUUUAAACUAUUAAUUUAUCCCUCUGCACAGCUAAUACCAAUUAGUUGUAUUCUGCUUCAAAGUACAAUCAACACUGCUUUAAGCAACCUGAAGAAAACUUCGAGCUAUGCGAUUUUUUAAAAUAUCUUAUGCCUAGAAACAUAUCCAGAUAACUACAGGGGAAGAUAACACUAUAGAGCACCAUAUUGCCCUUUUUAAUCACUUCUUUGUUUUUCAGCACUUUUUCCUUGAUAGAGCUUUACUAGCUGUGAGGAAAAAAACCCCUGUUUUCAACAGCAAAAUCAAAUUUUUGCAAGUGAUAGAGCCAUACAACAUACUCCCAACUUUGCAUAAUUUUAUGUAGUCUUUUUAGUUGUCCUACACUUAAAGUACAAUGUAAUCAGAUUUCUAUUAGAAUUUGAAAAGCUAGGCAGGUUUCAUUUUUUCUCUUAGAAUUUCAGGGGGUUUUUUUAGGCCCAUAAUAAUAUUUAUGGUUUCUGAUGUAUCAACUGAAAUAUUAAGAAAAUGAAAAUACGUAACUGCUUCUUUUUAAGAGAAAGAUUUAUAAGGCUAUGAAUAUAAACUUUAAGAAUAUAUACAGACUUUAAGGACAACUGGUUGUAAGAAUUUGUGGGUAGAAAAUUUAUUCUAUUGUUAUUAAUUUGUGGAUCUUCAGCCAACUAACUCAAGAAAUCUGCUCCUCUCUCCUUCCCCUUUUUCUUAUUUGCAUUUUGAGCAGAUCCAGUAUUCAUAGCAAACUAUUUCGUGGUCAUCUCACAAAUUCACAGUGCUACAGAAUGUCUGCUUUUAAAAAAAAAAGUUAUUAAUGUUUAUCACCCUCAAACACCUCUGGGUUUCUGAAAAAGGAAGACAUACAUGUAUUCAUUCCUUAAGUACUCAGUAUCACUUAUGUACAGUACAUAUAAGAAUUUAGAUAUAUCUAUAACUUUAUUGCUUUAUUAAUAUAUACACGUAGUAUAUUAACCUUUCAACUAUUUCAGAUUUUAAGUGAACGGUGCACAAAAUGCAAAUCUAAAAUAAGGCUUUUUUGAAAGGCUUGCUCAGCUUCGAAAAUAAAAGAACACUAUCCUUCUGUAGUAUGAAUAUUACAUCUUUUAUCACAAACUUUCUGCUUUUUAAAGCCAUUUAUGAAACAAAGCUUAGCUUUAUUUUUAAAGUAGAAGUCAAAAAAUUGACAUUAUAUACAUUUCUCAAAGUCAAACUGGAAAUUAUUGAAAACUUCAGAGCUGUCUUGUUAUACAUGACUCAUUCAGGUGGAACAUGAAAUUUGUAUUACAAGCAGAACUAUUAUAAGUCACUUUUCUUUCAAUUAUUAUCAUAUAAUCUGUAGCACAUAAGACACUAAUUCCAGAAAGGCUUUUACAGUGGACAGAGAACUAAAGACUUGGUAGCCUUAGAGAAAUGAGAAUUACAAUAAAGUACUGGAUUAAUGGAAUCUAGCUGAGUGAAAUUUGCUCUGGUAACACAGGGGAUGCUGUCUGUAUAAGUCAUGAUGUUUUGCCUUCCAAGUAUCUUGGAAUUCUCUGAGGGAAUCAUGAAGGACAUAGAAAAGGGAGAUCCUGGUCCAAAAAGCCUACAAAAAUUCCUAAAGGUUUUAAGGAAAUUAAGUUGCCACAGAUUAAAAGGCAACAUCACAAACAAAAAUCAAAUAAAGUAUGAGAAACAGCCUAAGAAUAAUUGGUCAGUUCUUGCUGUGGAGGGGAUCCCACUGGUGGGAACUUUGCAGAGAGCCUGUGCUGGAAUUUAUUCAAUUUAAAAUGCUAGUAAGCGACAGACAAACCAGGCUGAGAAGUGAGAUGCCAAAAAUGAGUGCUAAGUAUUGUUAGAGAAAUGGCUGCAAAAGUCCUCAGGAUGCUAAAACAGCCAGUGGAGCUCAUCACAGUUAAAGGAGAAGUGAUGUCCAUGGAAAUGAUGAGCUUAGUUCCACAUUAAAAUUAAUGAAGGAUGACCUCACCAACAUCACUCAGGGAGUGAGACUCAGAAGUGCUUCAGUAGCAAUAGGAGUUCAGUGAAAACACUGGCUCAGCGCCCAGGAGUCACAAAAAGGAAACUCAAAUGUAGAAAGUAACUAGAGACAAAUAGAAAACAAGAGACAUCAAGACACUACCAUAAAUCUGUGGCUCACCUAGACAUUAAAUGCAGUAUUGAUUUCCAAAGCCUCAGGUAGCUGGUAUUGGAAAAGGAUUAGAGCAAGGUCACUCAAGGUAAGGAUUGGCUUCUAUAUCAACAACAUGGAAUGCACUAGGGCUCAGCAAAGAGAGAGGGGGAUACAGAAGAAACCACAAAAUUAUGAGUUGCAUUGACAGCAAGGGUCUGGGGAUCUGCUCCAGUACAAAGGAAGGAGCCAUCAAAUGAAGCUCAUAUGUCCCGUGUACCCAAGGACACAGUGGAUGCAGGAGCAAUUUUAGACAUGGUGUUGAGAAAAGACACAACCAGUAAUUGUGUUUCUUGGACGAGAUUCACUGAAGUUUGUUAAACAAAACACAGUAAGUACAAAAGUGCUGAGCUGAAAAUAGUUGGAGAGUGGAAGAACAUUUGAAGACAGGAUAGAGACAAGGAUUAUACAUCAUUGUUCUAUUCUCUGUCUUCCCAAAGCAUCUGUUCAUGAGCAUUGCUGGACACAGGAUAUUGUACACUAACCUUUAUUAUUAAUUGCACACCAGUUUUAUGUUGCAACUAUCCUGAGCCAUGGUAAUGUGCUGGUACUGCUCCUCACUACCACUGCCUUGAGACAGUGUAAAAAAUACUUGCCUCAUUUUGCUCUGCUACUUACUUACAAAAUAUACAGUGUUUUUAAAGGAUGAAAUAGGAUCAUAAA